AUGAUUAAAGCCAAUUUACCAGGACUACACCCAUGGGGUCGAAGGUAAAUUCCUUUCCUUCCCUCAUCCUCUUACCCAGAGUAUUUAAGGGUUGUAUUUGUUACGACCAAGAGGGGGUCGGAAAAGUUGUGGAGGAAAGUGUCUUCAGUCAUUACUGCUGUUUGUGAUUGCCUCAAAGCCCUCAACUGAUUCUUCACAACCAACCGGCGUUGACCAACUUUUGGAAGAUGAGAGCAAUCGAUGGUAUAUUGGAAUGGAAACGAGGUUGAUCGAUGGAUACAUUUUCCUGGAAACGAGGCUGAAGGGGAAUAGACCAUUGAUCAAGCUCGUUUCAAGGUGCGGCCGCCUAGCCGUUUAUUCACGAGUGGACUAAGGAAAUUGCGUUCACGGCUAUCCAAAGACGAAAUAGCUAAAUUUCGAACCAGAGAUUUCGGAAAAAAAGGUCUGAACGAAAGAAAUGCAAGAGUACGCAAAACAUAUUGUUCGAUGGAUGUUAUUAAUUAUUUUUUGAGGAGUAUCUGCAAAAAAAAAAUGUUUGUAUCUUGAAACCGUACCGAGGAAUAGGCAAAACCUUAGAAGAAAGUCUUCGAGGAUAUAAGCUAAGAUCUUAGAAAUCUUUUGAAUGAAUAAUAAAACAAUUAUUGAAUUCGGCAUUCAUAUGAUGUGAGGAAUCAUGUUAUCCACCUCAGGGUAACAACCGGUUUCACUACUUGUCGAAUUCUCUACGUCUUAGUUCGCAACAAAUUCGCUACAUAUUACUUUCUAUAAACCACUUAAAAUAUUCCUUAGUCGCUUUAGAAAAAAAAUCUUUUAAUGUAUUUCUUGCAGUUUCGGGCUUUGCCAAUAGGCAGCGAGACGAAUAUGUACGUGGGCCUCGGCACACCCAAAGGACGAGACUCAAACGAACUCGAACGUAGCGAAGUUGUCAAGUAGCGAAACCGUUGUAAAGCCGCCUCGGCCUUCCGCCUUGGUAGAUAACAGUCUCCUGGAUCUUCAUGAUAGACCCUCCCUCUGUUUAUUCAACUUUUGACAUGCAACCAGUUAAGGAAAAUCCGUCGAUACCACUGGAAAGAUUGCCUUGAAAUUAAUAAUAUUGCCAAUUUCAAAGUGAUACGUCUAAAGCGUGCGAAGAUAUAAUAGCUCCGCUAGGUUGUGAAAAUUUACAGAUGUUUGUAUGGUGGGAGGCAAGUUUGUGCCCCCAGCCCUCUCCCCCGCCCCCCACCACACCAUACAGACGUCGGUAAAAUUUGGAUCAUUAUACCCUAACCCUAACCCUAACCCUGGGAAAACUGCCCACCUACCCCUCCCCUAAGCCACAUUAACACUUACUUCUCACUUAGGGCAAAAUGUUGGCAUAGGGGAGGGGUAGGUGGGCAGUUUCCCAGAAACGUAUAAUCAUCCAAAUUUUACAAAAAUCCAAUUUUUUUUUUUACAAAUUUCGCGAGUUUCGGGAGCUAUUUCUUCAUUAGUUUUCACUAAAUCACUUUCAAACUUGGCAAUUUUACUAAUAUUAGGGUGCUCUUUUCAGAGGUGUCGACGGAUUUUCCUUAACUUGUCCACGUCAAAACUUGAAAACUAUUGCUAAUUAUCAUCGUUUUCUUGUUAUUGCUUUCUUUCUUUAGGAGGUUGAGCUAUGGCUAUAUAUAUUUUUACAGUUCAGAAUAUUAUUUCAACCUUUGCACCGUUGAUCAUGACAAUAGCUCGUGCACAUCUCGUGACUGGAUCAGCGGUAAAAGAGUUCCCCUUCGCGUGAUGGCUUGCAGGUCUUGGUACUAUGACGUAAGCAUUGGGUCCGUGAUUGGCUACAAACGAAAACAGGAUAUCCGCUCUGGCUUGAUUGUGGAGUUGCUUCACGGUGACAAAUGUCCCUAUGGAGGUGAGUGCAGCCAACGAGUUGUUAACAAGUUGUAAGAAACAGUAACAGAUUGAAAAUUGAACACAAUAGAGGAGAGAAGUCGUUACGUCAUGGUGCCAUGGCAGCAAAAUUUCUGGAUCUCAACAAACAGAAAAUUUGAAUUCGCAUUGUUUUAAACUUCAUCGCUGCUUGUCAAUUUCUUUCGAUUUGUCAAAUGUUGGCGAAAUUUUCUCGGGUUGAAUCCGAAAAGACUGAAUCUAAGUUUAGAAAUAGAAAAAGAAAAUUGUUGUCUCGUGUUCACGUACUCCAUCAAGCGGGGGACGUGAAAUUAGGAUGUUCCAUGUCGCAGUCGUGCAACGACGGCUUAGAAAUGUACAAAAAAAAACGUGGUACCCGUGCAACUACUGUAAACAUACCGUUAAAUUCCGAAAAUAAGCCCCUCCAUGUAUAAGUCCCUCCAAAUAUAAGCCCCCCGGGGGUUUGUAUUUGGAAAAAUGCCCUCAAAUACAAAGUAAAACAAAGCAAAAACGGUAAAUUUACUUCCAACUAUACGGCUAGCCUAAUCGAUUUUGAAACGCAAAUUUCCCUCCGUAGAUAAACCCCUCCGAAUAUAAGCCCCUCAAAAAGGGCCUUUGAAAAAUAUAAGCCCUUGGGCUUAUUUUCGGAAUUUUACGGUAUUGCUUUUUUGCCGUUCUCGUUGCCGUCGCCCUUGCUUAAGGUCCCUAAUGUUGUGAUCCAGAAAUUUUGCUACCAUGGUAACGUGAUAUCCCCCUCGCCUCUUUAUAACAAAAGCUAGCUACAAGUGCAUUCGUCCUCCAUUACAAUCCUAUAAUGCAGUUCGAAACAACACCGACUUUGUCCCAGGCUAUGUGCAGACGACACUCUCCGAAUUUUUGAUCGGUUGAAAAUUCGUGCGUUUAGUUGUUGCUUUCACACGGAACCACAAUAACCGCAUGAAAAUGUAGACGCUAAGCUGUUCAAUAGAGAGCUUUAGAUUGAGGACGAGUACCAGUGCGAGAUUUAACUUAAAGUUUUUGCGCGUGUUCUAAAAAAAACACCUCGGAAAGCUUCAUUUUCCUUUUUCUCACCAAAACAGUUAGUAUGGUUAUUAUACUGAAGGAGGUUAAGCCGUCUCCCGAUAGAAAAAUGAUAAAACUUCUUACAUUUGAUAACUUGUUCCCGCCACUACACCUAAACUCGUAAUAGAAUAACGACUACCACAUUUUCCCGCCAAAAUGACGCUGGUCCACGGGCGCGCACUACUCAGUAUUGAGAAAAUCUCGUACUCGUAGUUGUCCUCGUCUCAGAAUCUAAAGCUCUCUGAUGUUUCGUGUGAACAGAACGAAAAUCUUGAACGGUGCAAUGUGAACCAAGUGUGCGGUCGAAAUUUCGUCUGGUGCCCUGUGCACGUAGCUUCAGUCGUAAGCUGGAAAAUGGCCAUUACACUUGUAAAAGGAGCGGAAGGAGAGUGGACACUUCGACACGUGCUGUUGUCAAGGUGACAAGCGCGACCAGUAAUGCCCACGGGGAUCUAACGCGCUCUCUCAAAGAAUAGGAAGCUUAAGCAACGGCGACGGCAACGAAAACGGCAAAAGCAAUAUAUUUAGGUUAGUAAAAGAACAACUUUACAUGUGCAUCACGCUUUUUUGCCAUUACACAUGUCUUUAUCGAUAUCGCACAAUUCCAUAUUUCACGUUUUAUUGAGCUUGGAUACUGUCCGUUGGAAUUCAAGUUUUACGUGGCGUUUCCGGUGCCGUCGGUCGCCUUCAUAGUUGCUUAAGCUGCACUAUACCUUGAUUGAAGAUUCCUACCCUAUCACCUCACCCGAACGGAACUGAAGACGGACCUUAAGCGACACGUGUGCCAAAAAUAUUUAUCACAGGACUUGAGCUAUGAUGUGUUUUUUGAUUGUCUGAAGGAAACAAUGGCCGAUACAAAACAACUAUUGACCUCAGAUGUGACGUUACAGCUGGAGUGGGUCAGCCCGGAAGAGAGAGCAACUUCUCUUCAGUUCAACAGGGCUGUGACGUUCAAUUUGUUUGGAAGUCCUUGUACGCAUGCCCGAAAUGCCGAGAACAAGACAUUACGCGGAUUAAGGGAGAAUGCAUAAACGGAACCCGGAACGUCACGGUACUGCGUUCUAUCCCAUGCUGGGCACCUGAUGAAUACCCUGGCGCUAAUGUCACGACAGAAGAGUGUGUCACGCCAACUAAAUUUGUCACGGUUACAGUCACGGCUACUGUUCUGGCUUUUAGAGAAAAGGUAUCAAGCAAAGUAAACAAGAUUUUGAUUGGCGUGGGAGUAGUGGUGAUUGUACUUUUAUUGGGCGUGGCUUUGUUCUUUGUCUACAAGCAUCGCACGAUCAAGUAUCGGUACUUGAAUUGGAUGUCACGUAAUAAACCCAUGAGUCGCCUUGAACAAGAAGAUGACGAAGAUCACUUUAUCGAGGGUGACGAACUCGCUUACCCCUCAUAUGAUAAAGAUGAGCCAUUCCGAACCUGA